AGCUCAGGAAGACUCAUGAACAGGACAUGGAAGAACUUGAUAAAACACUCAAGGAGUCUGAAGCCAUGCUCAAUGAGAAAAUUCUGACUUUGACAGCAGAAAACGAGGCUUUGAAAGAAAGACUGAGAGAAGAGGAGGAAUGGAGAAGAGCUCUGGCAGACAAAAGUCAGAAGGACGCUCACACACUGUUUUUGGAACAAGAGCUGGAGAGUCUCAGAGCCGUGCUGGAAAUAAAGACCAACCAGAUACACCAGCAAGACAAGAAACUCAUGCAGAUGGACAAACUGGUGAGAAUAUGCACACAUGUAAUAAAUAUGCGUUAGAUGCCCCUGUAGCUUCCUCGUGGCAUUAUAAGCCCAUCAAAUUCUGGUUACAUUUACCUGUAUCACUGGAUCUAUUAUAAGCCUUUGCCAGGUCAGCUGCCUUCAUGUCAAGUAGCUUCCUUAUAUUCCUAUUACAUAAUUUAUGUCACUGUUAGAUAUUUGUGAACAUGGACCACAAA